AUGUCAACAACCACCAACCUCCCCGGUUCCCCCAAAACAACCAAAAGCCAAAUCCUUGAAACCGGCGCCUCCGCCAUCCAAGACUUCACCCCCGUAAAACAAAUCUGCGCCCACCUGAACGCCUUCCACGUCUACGUCGACGACCCAACCCGCUGCAUCGAAACAAACCACUACUGCUCCCACAUAACAGAAGACCUCCGCCAAUGCCUCCUCUACGCCUCCACAGCCCCCGACGCCCCCCUCCUCGGGGUCGAAUAUAUGAUAACGCCCCGCCUCUUCGCGACGCUGCCCCCAGAGGAAAAGAAACUCUGGCAUACGCAUGAAUACGAAGUCAAGAGUGGGAUGCUGAUUAUGCCGGCGCCGGCUGGCGUGCCGAGUACCGUGUGGGAGGCGGCUGAGACGACAGAGAUGAGGGAUAUACUGCCACUGUAUGGCAAGACGUAUCAUUUUUGGCAGGUGGAUCGGGGGGAUAAGGUGCCGUUGGGGGAGCCGGUUCUUAUGGGGAGUUUUACGAAGGAGGAGGAUGUUAGCAGGGUUAAUGGGGGGAUAUCGGGAUUGGGAGAGUUGUGUAAGGGACGGGAUGAGAGGUUUGGGGUUGAUGUUCAACGGAAGGCGGAGGUUAGAGGGGGGAUUGAGGGGAGGGUGAAGGGGGAGGGUGAUGAUGAGGUUGACGCUGCGUGGAAGUAG